CGCGUGAGCGUUAUUUCGCUCGCUGUGAUUACGAACGCUCGUGCAGUCGUCGUCAUGCAGCAUCUCCGAGACCCGGCGAAAGACCAUCAGAGUACGUGAACACUGCACAUCACACUCCAUCGCGAUAUACUUAUCUGUAGGACGACACCCUUUACCGAGGACACAAUGAUAUACACGUUAUAAUACUAUCGUACAUCGUAUAUAUUGUAUUCUUAUCAUCUAAUAUUAUAUUAUCACAAUCGUUAUAUUGUAUUAUAGAAUUAUUGUAUAUCGUUUUAAUUUGACACGAUACGACAUUUGGUGUUGAGAAUCGCGCAGAGAGAGAAAGAGAGAGAGAAAAAGAGAGAAUAGAUAUUUUGAUGUAAAUAAUUAUUACAAUAUAAUAUUGUAUUUGAAAAUAGAAACAGAUAAUUGGUCGUUGAGGCAGUUCUCACCUUUUUAAGAUAUACAUAUUAUAUUAUAUAUAAACAGUAUUUUGUUUUACUCCUUUGAGUGAACAUUUCGUUUAACUAUACCACAAUUUAUUAAUAUUAUAUAAUAUCUAUCAUGGACGGUAAAAUAUCAUCGGUAUUCGAAAAAUACUUUUCACCUUCACCGCUGGUGAACCAAAUAAGGAAUUUUGUCAAUCGGCAAAUAGACGAGCAAACGCCACAAAACGUAAGCACACAACCAACCGCUGUAGCGAAACUUCACAGUAAUAAUGUAGUGAACGGCACCACUCCGAAACCCAUCACAAGCAACGAAAAACCAACGGAAGUCCAAGUACAUCCACAACCCACUCAGCCUGCCGAUAGAAACUUAGUGCACGUUACUAAAGCACAGAUGAAAGAAUUUCAAGAAGCAUUUAGGUUAUUUGAUAAAGACGGUGACGGCAGCAUCACUAAAGAGGAAUUGGGUCGAGUUAUGCGGAGUCUUGGACAGUUUGCUAGAGAAGAAGAAUUGGAGACAAUGUUACAAGAAGUCGACAUCGAUGGCGAUGGAGCGUUCAGUUUUCAAGAGUUUGUAGAAAUUGUGUACAAUAUGGGUGGUACAGCAGAAAAGACGGCGGACCAAGAGGAAAAAGAGCUCCGAGACGCAUUUAGGGUAUUUGACAAACAUAACCGAGGAUAUAUAAGUGCGUCGGACUUGAGAGCUGUCCUUCAAUGUUUGGGUGAAGAUUUGUCAGAAGAAGAAAUCGAGGAUAUGAUCAAGGAAGUAGACGUGGACGGAGAUGGAAGAAUCGAUUUUUACGAAUUUGUGAAUGCCCUUGGAGAACCAGGAGAUGAUUAUGAUGAAAACGACGAAGAUGAAGAAGAUAUUUAUCCCCAAUUGGACAUUCAAACAUAACUUAUAAACAAUUACACGUUUUAGUAUGAUGCGAUAACAAGUUCAGUUAAAAUUGAAUUAUCAAAAAUGAUAACAAUAUUUUUUGUAAACUUAGGUUAAAAUGUUAAAAACUUACCCAUUUUGUAAUUUCUAUCAGGAAUAAACACACCAAUAUCUGUUUUUUUUUUGCCAACUAAUGAUCUCUAAUAAGUAAAACAUAUUUUACUUUAAUAUCAAUGUACUACUGUAGUAUUGUUAAGUAAUUUAUGUCAUUUUCAAUGUUUAAUGUAUAAAUUAAUCAUUUAAUGGUACAAUCAGUAAUUCACCUUAAGACCCAAUUAUUUAUUAAAAACAUAUUAUAUCAUUAAUUUACUUAAUGUAUACAUUUUAGUCAAAAAACAUUCAGUUAUAUGUUAUAAGUCGUUAUAACUAUUUAUUUAAGAAACUAUAAAAAAUUAUUAUUUAUUAUAAUAGUUUACGUAUCUAUUUACUUCCAUGGAAGGUAUUUAUAAAUAGAAAAUGUUAAGGUAACUUAAUUAAAACAAUAAUUAUGAACAAGUAUUUUUACUUUAAAAAAAUUACAUAAUUAUAUUGUCAGUAUUCUUUCAAAUACAAUUAAUUCAAAUUUGUGAAAUUGUCCAUUCCUCCUUUAUGCUUUGUGAACUAAAUUUAAA